UGGUUAUUAACAACAUACUUAUAGAUCUAGAGGUAACAGGGACGAAAGUAGUCGCAUACGCUGAUGAUGUCGUCCUACUAAUUGCCGGGAAAUUCCCGCAAACAAUCUCGGACCUAAUGCAAGGAGCUCUAGUCACUCUAUCACGGUGGGCGCGUCACAACGGGCUAGGCGUGAACCCAGCAAAGACAGAGCUCGUACUUUUCACUAAGAAGCGUAAAUAUCCGUUAUUUACACUACCAAGACUAGAUGGAGUCACUCUAAACCUCUCACCAGAGGCCAAAUACCUUGGUACAAUCCUUGACCGACAAUUAAGUUGGAAGAGGAAUAUUGAGGAACGAGCCAAAAGAGGUUUUAUCGCACUCUAUUCUUGCAAGAACUCCAUAGGUAAAAGCUGGGGCCUCAAACCAUACAUCAUAAAAUGGUUGUAUGAGUCAAUCGUUCGCCCCAUUCUAACCUAUGGAUCUCUAGUAUGGUGGCAUUCUCUAAAGAAGCCAACUUACUCACGCAACAUUAACAAAGUCCAAAGAGCCGCAUCCUUACUAAUAACGGGUGCCUUUAGGAGCACGCCUCAAGCUGCGCUAGAUACUCUACUGGGUUUAAGCCCGCUGGCCAUACAUGUAGAGGAACUGGCAUUCAGGUGUGCUCUUCGGCUCAGGGAAUUAGGUGAAUGGCGUAGCCAACCAUUUGGUCACUCUACGAUUCUAAGGCGUGUAAGGACUGUGGGAGAGAUAGCCUAUGCAAGUGAUUAUAUUUCACCACGAUUAAGCUUCUGCCCACCUGAAAUACACAUACCUGACAGAGAAGCCUGGUCCCAAAACAGCCCACCUUUCCGCGGCAUAUCUGUAUAUACCGACGGCUCAAAGAUGGAAUGCGGUACGGGAGCAGGUGUCUUCUGUGACACCCUUAAUAUCCGUGAAUCCUACAAGCUCAGAAACAACUGUAGCGUUUUUCAGGCAGAAAUCCUGGCGGUCAAAAAGGCCACAGACCUGCUAGUCACGAGGAACAUAGAGGUCGGAAGUCCGGUGACUAUAUAUGUCGAUAGUCAGGCGGCACUGAAAGCACUAAAUUCCUUUACUAUCAAGUCUAGGGCUGUUUUAAGCUGCAGGGAAGCCUUGGAACACUCUAGGUUGUCAAUCAAGCUUUGUUGGGUUCCCGGCCAUUACAAUAUCACAGGUAACGAAACUGCAGAUGAAUUGGCCAGGCUAGGAUCCGAAUCAACUACGAUAGAAAUAGAUAAUUCGGUCAAACCACCACUGUGCCACUUCCUACAGAUCGUUCACAAACACUACCAUGAAAAGACACAACAAAAAUGGCUGGAUGAAACGGGAUGUACCAUCUCCAAAAGAAUCUGGCCUGUGCUCUCAGAGAAGAGAACAAGAUCGCUGAUGUCAUUGUCUAAACCAGAUUUAAAACUUGUGGUGGGCAUCAUCACAGGUCACUGUAAGGUGAGGGCUAUGACCUCAAAAUGGGACAGCGAUGAUAUUGAUUACUGCAGGAUCUGUCAAGAUGAAGAAGAAAUUGAGACAAUCGAACACUUGCUCUGCCACUGCCCAGCGCUCAUUAACGUGAGACAUAAAAUAGUGGGAGAACUAGUGUCACGUGAUUUGUCCUCUUUUUCUACCACGGACCCUGCAGUGAUCCUUCAAUUAGCCAGAAGGUUCAAGUGGCUAAAGACGACACGGCAAACUCAGCCGUAGACUACGUACUAUCUAUUUCCUACUGUCAAUUCUUAUACUUUCUCUAUCUUUCGCUCUAACUCUUUCCUAGG